UGACGAAGCUAGACGGUUGAGCUAGUCAGGGUUCUGGAUUAACAGAACACGAAAUAUUUGUGAAAUUCCGUCAAAUAUGAUAAUGAUUCCGUUGAAAAUAUACUGUGAUGUUGCCAAACCCGAAGUAUAAACACGGAAGGUGCAAUAUUACAAACAAUUAUUUUCAGAACUUUGUUAAUGUGUUUAGCAAAGCAGUUCGGUAGCUUCUUAGCAGCCGUUAGCUAAUCUCCGUUAUUUGUCAAAUGUAAACCGCAAGUAGCAGGUAACAAUGGUACUAAUUUGCUAGCUAGCUAAAGUGACCUCGUGGUGAACACUUCAUUUCAGUAGAAGAGCGCGGAGAGUUUCAGAAGCAAGUUUUCAGCUACAGAUUUUAGCUAGCUACUACAACUAUUCCCGAAGGAUUCAAGAUGGAUGAGGAGUCUGUUGGCCCUUCUCCAUCCUGCUCCACAGAACCCCAACCAACAGCCAGUUACCACGGUGACCAGGACAACCCGCCGGAAAGCCAGGAGGUUAACCCUGGAGUUAACCCUGGGGACCAUGACAACUGCGGUGAAAUCCCGAGGUUCAACGUCGUAAUCAAAGAGGAAGAGGAAGAGGAAGUUAUAGGAGACUGGACUUUUAAGUAUACUGGAGAGAGUCCCGUCUCCAGCUAUAGUGAUGAAGAAUCCAGAGUACCUGUACAAAGGCCAAAGAAUCACACAGCCAAGUCAUCCCAUCGCUGCUUGGAGUGUGGGAAGGAUUUUCUUUAUCCAUCAAAACUUCAGAGACAUCUGAGAACACACACAGGAGAGAAAAUAGUUAAGAAACCUUUCCCAUGCUCUGAGUGUGACAGGAUCUCUUACUCUGCAGCAGAGCUCAAGAUGCACCAGAGGAUGCACACUGGGGAGAGACCUUUCCAGUGCGCCACCUGCAAAAAGACUUUUGUUUUCCCAAGCUCCCUGACAAGGCACGAACAAUCCCAUAUUAGUGAAGAGAAUAGUACAGCAAAACCGUACAGCUGCUCAGAAUGUGGAAAGGAAUUCACUCAGCCAUGGACCUUGAAGAUACACAUGCGUCAACACACAGGAGAGAAACCAUACCACUGCUCCCAGUGUGAGAAGAGGUUCUCGUCAUCAUCCCUCCUUAAAAGACACCAGAGAGUUCACACCGGAGAGAAACCAUUUGAGUGUUCUGACUGCGGAAAGUGUUUCUCCUCGUCAGCGAAUAGGUCUAGUCACCGACGUCGUAUCCACGAUGGGAUCCAAAGGGGAUUGCAGCAGCAGCAGCAGCAUGCUACCUAUGUGGACGCUUCCAAUACGGCUUCUAUUGACCAAAACUACCAGGUUGACCCCAACCUUGCUGAGUCUCUGUCUAUAGCUGUUGAGGAGUCUGGUCUCCCUCUUCUACUGGAUGUCAACGUGAAAGAGGAGGAUCCUGCUUUUGAGAGACCUGACCAUGUCUCGGACAGUGAGGAAAGUCCCUGUCCAUCAGAAUCUGAUCAACACGAGGAAAAUAACAAAGCUCCGGGGCCACAUAUCUGUUCAACCUGUGGAAAAGAACUCUCUAGCUCAUAUAAACUAAUGUUACACCAGAGGACACACACAGGAGAGAAGCCUUAUGAUUGUAUGGUGUGUGGGAAGAGCUUCUCCCAAGCAGCAAACCUGAAGACGCACCAGAAAGUUCACAGUGGAGAGAAACCAUACCCUUGCCCUGAAUGUGAUAGCCGGUUCACUCACCUCGGAGAUCUGAAGAGACACCAGUUGUUGCACUCUGGAGAGAAACCUCAUAGUUGCCUUGAUUGCGGGAAGAGCUUCUCACAGUUGGCACACCUGAAAUCUCACCAGCAGACACACACAGGUGCAAAACCUUUCCCCUGCACUCACUGUGAGAAGACUUUCUCCACUACAGCUAAAUUGAAGAAUCAUGAGAGAGUGCACACUGGAGAAAGACCUUAUCACUGCUCCCAUUGCCCCAAGAGCUUUGCUCUAUCGGGGACGCUAGUGAAGCAUGAACGACUGCACACUGGAGAAACACCAUACCAAUGUGCAGAAUGUGGAAAAGGGUUUGCUCAACUGGUGUCUUUGAAGAUUCACGCUCAGUCACACACUGGAGUGAACUUUUACUGUUGUUCGCAAUGUGACCAGAGUUUCUCCACUUCAACCAAGCUGAAGGAACACCAAAGAAUCCACACCGGGGAGAACCUGUACCAGUGCCCAGAGUGUGGGAAGAACUUUACUAUUGAGUCAAAGCUGUUGAAACACCAAAGAGUGCAUACUGGAGAGAAACCAUACCAAUGCUCUGGUUGUGGGACAAGGUUUUCGCUGUCUGAGAACCUCUUGAGACACCAGCGUAACUCUUCUGGGAUCUGCAGUGUUGUGAGCCUCCACCAGAUUACCGGAAGUGGGAUGGUGCUACUACAGGACUCUGCCAUUUUCCUCGAAGAUAAACCCAAACACAUAGAGUCCUUGAGUUCUGAUCAUGUAGAAGCUUCCACUCAAACAAACAGAACAGUAGUUAAAGUUGAAGAGGAUCAUGAUCAAACACUCCAUUUAAAAACCGAAGCACUGGUGGAAGAAGAGGAAGAAGAGGAGGACGAGGAAGAGGAGGAGGAGCAAGAAGAUGAAGAGGUGGAAGUUGGUGGUCUGAUUAACUCUGAUGGAGAAGAAAUGGAAUGGGAUCCUUUUCUUCUCGUAUAUAAUCCCAGCGAGCAUUUUGACAGCGAGGAGAGUCCUUCUACAUCAGGAGAACCUGACCAACACCCAGAGAAUCUCAGUGCUAAGAGUCUCCACUGCUGUUCUGUGUGUGGAAAAGAUUGCCUAAAGUUAUCGGCACUACAAAAACACAGGAGAAUUCACACAGGUGAGAAGCCUUACCCAUGUACUUUGUGUGGAAAGCAAUUCCGUGAGAAGGGACACCUGAAGGCACAUAUGAAAACACAUACUGGUGAGAAACCUUACCCCUGUCCUGACUGUGAGAUGAAGUUUGCCCACUUGGGAGCCAUGAAGAUACACCUUCUGACACACACGGGAGAGAAACCCUACCCCUGCACUGUGUGUGGAAGAAGUUUUUCCCAGUCAUCACGCUUGAAGCAACAUUUUCGAACACACACAGGAGAAAAACCAUACUCCUGCUCUGUUUGUGAGAAGAGUUUUGCCAGACCUGCAGACCUGAAAGUACAUCUUAGAGAUCACACAGGGGAGAAACCUUACAGCUGUGCUGAAUGCGGACAGAGCUUCACCAGCUCUCACAAUCUAUGGAAACAUCAGAAGAGCCAUUUACCACCUGGUCUGUCAGUUGAGUUUGCAGACCACAGCCAAUCAUCUGAGAUGAAUGUGACAUUUGAAGAAUCAAAGGCGGAUGAGGAAGAGGAAGUUUGUGGCCUGAUCAAUUCUGAUGGAGAAGAAGUCAGAUUGGACUUGGAUCCUCCUCUCAACCCUAUGAGUUCUGCAGAAGAUAAGAGUUCUUCCACUUCAGUAGAACCUGAACAACCCCAGGAGAACCACUAUACCACAGUUCGGAGGUUCAGCUGCACUGUAUGUGGGAAACAAUUUAACCACAAAGGACAUCUGAAAAGACACCAAACUGUCCAUUCAGUUGAAAAACCUUUUGCUUGCUCGGACUGUGACAAGAUGUUUGGAUCCUCUAUUGCCCUGAAUAGACACAAGAAGUUACACAGAGAAGAGAGGCCAUAUGUUUGCACUGUGUGUGGUAAAGGUUUUGUUCAAAUGUCACGCUUAAAGGAACACUACCCGACGCACUCAGGAGAGAAACCACAUUCCUGCUCUGUCUGUGGGAAGAGUUUUACUACUGCAUCAUACCUGAAAGCACACAGUAAAGUCCACCUUGGGGAAAGUGCGUAUACCUGUAACAUAUGUGGAAGAGAUUGCCAUAAGUUGUCUGCAUUCAAGUUACACAUGAGGAUCCACACAGGAGAGAAGCCGUACACCUGCUCUGUGUGCGAAAAACAGUUCACUCAGAAAAGACAUCUCCAAGACCACCAGAAAGUGCACACUGGAGAGAAACCCUAUCCCUGCCCUGAAUGCGAUAAGAGGUUCAGCUUUUCAUCCGCCCUGAAAAGACACCAGCAGCUACACACAGGAGAGAAACCCCACUGCUGUUUUGUUUGCGGAAAAGGUUUCUCUCAAGCAGGGCGUCUGAAAGAACACCUUGGGACACACUCUGGAGAGCGACCAUUCUCCUGUUCCCUCUGCGAAAAAACCUUCCGAAGAGCAUCUGAACUGACAAUACACAAUAGAUCUCAUACAGGAGAGAGGCCUUAUGUCUGCAAUGUGUGUGGUCAGGGCUUCAUCAGUUCUAUGAAACUAAGCCGACACAAGAAGAUACACCGCAGUUCCAACGCUGGGGAGGAUUCUACUAAAGAUGUGAAGAGUGAAGAGGAUUCUUCUGUCAUCGAUGAGGAGAAUGAAGAGGACAGCAUGGUGAUCACAUCUUGAUGUUAAAAUAAUAUAUGCAAUGUAUGCUUCCAAAAAAAAUCUUGUUUCGUUUUUAAGUCCAUUAACAAUUGUGAAAGGUUUAUGAGUUCAAGGUAAUCACAAUUUGUAACAAACAAAUUCAAAUCAUUGUGGAAUUUAUGAAAUCAAAAUGAAAACAAGUGAACGGUGACACAAUUACAUUUGUAUACCUUAGGCAACAAUGGUGGAGGAGGAGAAAGUAAAUCAAACAAUCUGCCCCUUAGCUAGGCACUUAACCCUUCUUUCCUUUCUGGCCCACUGGCAACAAUGUCUGAACCCUUGGGGUGAUCCAGGGAUGUCUCAAGGUAAUUUAGGAUAAAGAAGAAAAAAUGACCUGAUUGGUAUCCGGUAUAAAGGAAUGAGCAACUGGAGGGAUAUGGCCCCACUGGCCCCGAAUAGUCAACCAAUCAUGGACUCAGCCAAUCAAUUAACCUGGGGUUGCUCAUCCCUGAUCAAUGAAAGAACAUUCUGAUCAAUUCAUUUGUUGCUUUUAUUUAAAAGGUUACUGUGACUAUAUGAUGUUUUAUGAUGCGAUCCAAAUAUUGUCUAGCAUAUGUAGUUAUUAUUCCCCCUUUCAAGCCUGUUCCUAAUGCUCACAAUACCUUGUCUUAAUGUAUACUUUUGCCAUUUCAAGGAAUUACAUUAAUUAUUUUAGAAUUUUAGUUGACACUGUAGAAUACAUUUCAGUUCUAGCCACUUAGCAGAAACUCUUGUCCAGAAUCACUUAAAAUAUUGUAGAAUUAUGCAUUUGGCAGAAGUUGGUCUUUGUGGAAUAUUGAUUAGUCAAUCUUGUCACAUUAAUAAUAAAAAUAAACGGUUGAAGAGGCUGUGCAAGUCUUCUCAUUUGGUACAUACGGACAGCACACUUGGUUCACAAUCAUUUGCACCAUGUCACUUUUUAUGUCAUUAAUACUUACACAACUUGUGAAGUGAAUGGAUGGAUCCAAGUAAUGGCUGUUUCAUCAGCGAUCUGAUUAAAAAGUUUGGAUA